AUGGAGCUUCUGGAUGAACUCGAGAACCUGGCCGGUUUGGCAUACAUGGCCGAUCAGGCCAAAGGCCACCCGAACAACGACGCAUACGACUUGAGCAUCAAGCGAUUUGAAGGUUUCUUCCAACCCUCCUCCUACCUCCCUCGGCACGCAGACCUAUUUCCUCAUGCUUCUGCUACCGGGGCCACCAUCACCUCCGGCGACACCAAGAUCAGCUUUCUGGUCAAGCUAGAGGGCCUUCUAGUAACAGCAUCCAGGAUAGAAGACCUAGCUGGCCUCUUAGAGCUACCACCUAUUCACAAAGGGAUCGGCGAAAGCGGCCAAACCGCCCAAUUCUGCCUGAUCAACGGCACGACUAAAAAAUAUCUUCUCUCGUCACUCGCCCACUCUUUCAGUCCGAUUCUGAAGCCGACGCUGUACUGUUGUUGCUGCGGGAAAUUCAAUAGAUGA